AUGACUCAGGCCGUGCCUCUCUGCUCUGCUCCAGUGAUCAAUCUGGGAGCCGAUAUUGUCCUGCAGCCCCCGCUUUCUCGAUGCGGACGUGGACCGGGGUUGAUUAUCUUGAGGCCUAGCGGCCUUGCGGAUUACCAGAAGGAAAACGACAGUCUGGACCCGGAGCCAUUGCAGAAAUGGGCGGAGGAGAGCUAUGCGGUUGUUCAGAUCAGUCUUGAUUUGCAAUCAAGCGGUGACAAGACGCGUGUUUCUGGGUUGGUCACGGCGGGGAUUGAUGCCCUUGUCUCGUUGGCGGAAUGUGAAACGAAGGACAAGUUUGGCUUAUUAGUUUAUGGAUCCCAGAAGGAUUAUGCGCCGGAAUUUGUUGAUGCACUCCGGGCUGUCGUAGCUAAUAGCGAGCGCAUCAUUGCUACCAUCUCCUUCGAUUCAUGGGAUAUCGCAGCUCAGAAGGAUGCGCUGCAGCAUUUAUCUGGCAAGCCUGGUGACAUCGUGAAGUACGAUAACUUGACCGUGUAUACUUAUCCUGAAACGUCGUCUGCCGGAUUCAUUGUCCCUGGACAUGUCGAUUUCAAGACCUCAUCAGCUGGAGUUGCGCAUACUCGAAGCCUGACCUUCAUCAAGAAGCAGUUAGGCGGUCCCUGCUUUGAUCUGGAAAAAAUUUGGGAAGAGCACGCUUAUUAUGAGUUCGGAGACCGGUCUGUGGAGAAGACUAUGUCAACCAUGGUGCAGGAACCUUAUGUGAACCACAUCCCGACGCUUACAGGAGGAAUUGGCCGUGCUCGUCUGAGCAAGUUCUACCUGAAUCAUUUCAUUUUCAACAAUCCCGACGACACGGAGUUAGAGCUCAUCAGCCGCACCAUCGGUAUUGACCGGGUUGUUGAUGAGUUCAUUUUCUGCUUUACUCAUGAUAAACAGGUUAACUGGCUUAUCCCCGGAAUCCCACCCACCGGAAAGCCGCUACGGAUCCCGAUGACUUCGGUGGUGAACAUUCGAGGAGACCGCUUAUAUCACGAACAUAUUGCCUGGGAUCAGGCCACGAUUCUCGUCCAACUGGGGUUGCUUCCGGAAUACCUCCCCUUCCCUUAUGCACUUCCUGAUGGAAAGCAGCCAGCUCCAGGCAAGAGAUUCGAGUAUCGUGUCCCGGCUGCUGGGAUAGAAUCUGCGACCAAAUUGAAGGACGAGCAUUCUGUUCCGUCGAAUCAGAUGUUCGAGUAUAAGGUACGCGAGGUCGACGAUAAUUGA